AUGGAAUGGUCGAAGAGUCUCAGUAACCUGGUGCUGUCAGUUUACGGCAUCACUUUCAUCAUCGGCGUGCCCGCCAAUAUCCUGGCCUUUUACACCUUCAUCCGAAAGGUGCGCCUGAGGGCCACGCCCAUCGAUGUCCUCCUCCUGAGCCUUACCACCUCCGACCUGGUCUUCCUUUUUUUUCUUCCGUUUCGUAUGGUGGAGGCCGCCAACAUGCGGUGGGACAUGCCCUAUUUUCUCUGUCCCUUGUCCGGCUUCAUCUUCUAUUCCACCAUCUACAAUAGCACGUUGCUUCUGACUGCCAUCAGCGUCGAGCGUUAUCUCGGAGUGGCUUUCCCCAUUCAGUACAAACUGAAACGUCGACCCCUGUACGCUGCGAUAGCCAGUGCCGUGUUUGCAGUGGUGUCCAUGGCUCAGUGUAGCAUAGUCUACAUAAUGCAGUAUUACGACCACAAGAACCCCACGGCGAUCGCCCCCUCCGGGCGGAACACCUGUUACGAGGUGUUCAGCACGGAACAGCUGGAGAUCCUGAUCCCCGUGCGUCUUGAGCUUUUUCUGGUGAUGUUCCUGAUCCCUUUCCUCAUCUGUUGCUUUUGCUACAUCAGUUUUGUCCGCAUCCUGUCCCGCCUUCCCAACAUCAGUCCCAAAAAGCGUUUCAGGGCCAUCGGCUUGGCUCUCGGCACGCUGUUGAUCUUCAUCAUCUGUUUCAUGCCGUACAACAUUUCGCACGUGGAGGGAUUCGUUAACUGGAAGAGUGCCGACUGGCGUGUCUACGCUCUGCUCACCAGCACUUUCAAUGCCUGUCUGGACCCCUUGGUCUUCUACUUCUCCUCCUCUGCCCUCAGGGAAAUGUGCAACCACUUUAUCAAGAAACUUCUGAGGAGGCCAGUUUUUGCGUCCUGUCGUAAAGCCAUGUACUGCUCCGCCGUGGAGGAGAGCACCCAAAGCUCUAAUGACAGCUCCCGUUAG